AUGGAAAUUUCAAAAAAGAUUUGGGCCGCUAAAGAAUGGGCGCGCGUGAAGGCCAGCGGUAAUGAGUUCCUGACUCUUGUUCACGAGGCGACAAACGAUGAAAAAUGGGGACCGACGGGCCAGCAGAUGGAAUAUGUAUGCCGUGCCUUUCCCCGAGGUACGACUGAAAUUAUGGACGAGAUCACAAGGCGGCUAAAACAUCGUGAUAAGUCAUGGAGGUCGUGUUACAAAUCUCUUCUCCUUCUUGACUACCUGGCGCGUAAUUUGAGUGAUGGUUACUUACCAGAAAUCAGUGCUUUGGUGCCACUCCUGAGGACCAUUUCCCAAAGCUUUUAUUACACCAAUGGAAAGGGUGUUGAUCACGGCAUUUCUGUGCGAGAGCGCGCGAGGAAUCUAGCGGGUCUCUUGAGCGAUGGUUUUUUGUUGAGUCAGGAACGUGAGAAAUCUGCGCAAACCAAAGCGAAGCUCCUGCGGGAUAUGCCGAACGGUAGCUCCGUAAGGAUAAAUGGAGGCCGUUAUGAGGAAAGCCACGGAGGAUUCACUUAUCCUUUUUCAUCAGAAGGGUAUGGCGACUAUUCCGGCUACGACCAGCAUCAUGAUAGCAUCCAUCAACUGUCACAUGUCACACGAACUAAGUCUGAGCAGGAGUUAUUUGAUAUGGAAAUGGCGCUGCGCUUACAGCGAGAAGAAGAGCGCCGCUCGGGUAUGUCGGUCAGUCAAAUCGAGAAAAUAUACUGCAAACAUACACCAAACAACCGUUUCGGAGAGAACUCAUCCCAGAAGCAGUCACAUACAACGGAUGAACAGCUAGCCCAACGCCUCCAGAAUGAGGAACUUCAGAAAGCAGAAGCUCAGGAGCCAUCUCCGAAGCGUUCAUACUCAAAACCUACGCCGCCCACUGCGGCUGUUGCAGAGUCCAAGACCCAGAGUAAGUCAGGGCCAAUCAGUGCCGAACCCUCUGCCCCCCCGGAAGUGUCCCAAAGUAACAUACUCGACGAUCUUUUUUCAUCUUCUCCGCCGCCUGCUGUGGCGGCGGGCCCAAAGAGCGUGGAGGACCUGUUCGGUGUGUUCCCUGGUGGUGGUGUUCAAACGCGGGCAACAACGAGCGCGCCGGAGCCGCAGACCAACGCGCAGGCUCAAGGGGCGGUAAAUGAUCCAUGGAAACAGGUCCCAACGCUUGCGAACGCGUGGGCGGGACCUUACCAAGGUGGUGCGCAGCCGCAGAAUUACGUGGAAGGGAAACCUCAGACGGUAUCAGUCCCGCAACAAUCAUCUUGGCAACCCACCCCUCCGCAGGGCCACUUUACGAAUGCUAGCACUCUUUGGGAUAACGAUAUACAAUGGGUUCAGGCACCGAUGCCAAUGCCUCCCCAAGGGUCAUUGAAAGCGAACGCCCCCAUCUCUAAAGAGGCUUCUGCACCCGGUAAUAUGCUGAAUUUUCCGUCUUUUUAG